AUGGGUCCCAAAAAAGGCGGCGGUGGCCAAGCGAAGCAGAGGGGCAACGCGACCGAGGAGGUUGAGGAGACAUUGCAGGCUGUGGUUCUUGCCGAUACUUUCGAAACCAGAUUCGAGCCCUUUACCCUUGAGAAGCCUCGUUGCCUCUUGCCGCUUGCGAACACACCGUUGAUUGAGUACACUUUCGAAUUUUUGGCCAAUGCCGGCGUUGAGGAGGUUUUUCUCUAUGGAGGGGCUCAUUCAGAUCAGUUAGAGAGAUACAUCAAUGCAUCGAAAUGGAGAAGCAGCUCGUCGCCUUUCAAGCAAUUGACUUUCCUCAAGUCAACAUCGACUUCAGUCGGAGAUGUUAUGCGUGAUCUUGAUGGCAAGCACCUCAUCACCGGCGACUUCAUUGUUGUGAGCGGUGACGUGAUCAGUAACCUGCCCAUUGAGGGUGCACUGGCGACGCAUCGUGCUCGCCGCCAAGCAGACAAGAAUGCAAUCAUGACUAUGAUUUUGCGCGAGGCUGGUCGAAACCAUCGCACAAAGUCCUCCUCCGUGUCCCCUCUGUUCGUCCUUGAUCCCACCAAAGAUCGUUGUUUACACUAUGAGGAGAUUGAUCAUCAUUCUGACGAGCCAUCUCGCCUGACUAUCGACACCGAGCUAAUUUCAUCUCAUGCAGAGAUCGAUAUUCGACAAGAUCUGAUUGACUGCAAUAUUGAUAUUUGUACGCCUGACGUGUUGAGUUUGUGGUCCGAUAGUUUCGAUUAUCAGUCUCCGCGAAAGCAUUUCUUGUUCGGUGUGCUGAAAGAUUAUGAGCUCAACGGCAAAACCAUCCACACGCACAUCAUCAAGGAUCACUACGCAGCUCGAGUGAGGAAUCUGAGAGCCUACGACGCAGUGAGCAAGGAUAUCAUCUCCAGAUGGACGUAUCCACUGUGCCCAGACACAAACUUGCUUCCCGGACACACCUAUGAUCUCCGCAAGGGCAAUUUGUAUGCAGAACAGGGUGUUACUUUGGCGCGCUCAUGUGUCGUCGGGCAGCGAACGGUCAUCGGGAAAGGCACAAGCAUUGGUGACAAGACGACAGUCAAGAACACGGUUCUUGGAAGGAACUGCAAGAUCGGAAAAAAUGUUACCUUGGACGGUGCCUAUAUUUGGGAUGGUGUGGUGAUUGGCGACGGCACAACGAUUCGGCAGGCUAUUGUUGCUGAUAAGGUUGUGGUCGGCAAUAACUGCAGCGUUGAGCCUGGCGCUCUUCUCUCAUACGAAGUCAAAAUCGCCGAUGGUGUGACCGUGAGCGAAGGAAGAAGAAUCACAAAGGCCUCAAGAGAGGAAGAUGGGGGCUUACUAGCGAAUGAUCCGGAUGUGGUCGGUGAAGGAGGCGAAGGUCACGAAUUUUUCCAUGAAGAAGACGAGGACGAAGACGACACUGUAUCCAAUGCAUCGUCAGGACUAGUGUACAACAUGGCGCGGCUCUCGCUCUCUACGGAAUCUAUUUCGACCCUGUCCUCUGAGAUUUCUCAUUUCGGCGGAUCUCGAUCCGAGAGCUUUGGUACUUCGUACUCUGAAGAGGAGGAUUCGGACCAUUUCGUCCAUGACGCAGCAGCCAGUGUCUACGACAGCUUGAAAGACGGCGUCACGUCGGACGUUGUGCAGUUGGAAUUGGUCAGUUUGCGGAUGACUGCGAAUGCCUCCGACCAUCAGGUCCGACGAGCUGUCGUCACGGCCUUCGUGAAGCGAAUUCAACAAUUGAUCGAAGGAGGAAAAGGUGCUGGUGAAGCGGUUCGGGACAUUUUCCGCACAUAUCGCGAGGUUGUCGAACGGUGUAUGUUCGAUCGAGGCAGCGAUGAGAAAACCGACCAAGUCGAUUUUUUACUCCUGCUCCAACAGGACCUUGUACAUCGACCUCGCGGCGAGACAAUUUUACUAUUCACUGCUAAGGAGCUGUACGAUUUGGAGGUCUUCGAGGAGGAAGCCUAUGAGCAAUGGUGGGCCGAUGAGCGGUCCAGUGCCAGCGAAGAGAUGAGGCAGGUGCGGAGUCAGGCUCAGCAGUUUGUGGACUGGCUCGCCAAUGCUGAGGAAGAGGAGAGUAGUGAAGAGGACGAGACUGCGACUUGUGUUGUCCCGGAAAAGAAGAAGGCCUCGAGGUACAACGUCGAGGCCUACUUUUUUUCUAGUCAGCACAUACCGGCUUGCCACGGGGAACAGAUCUUCACCACGCCUCCUCUAACGAGGAAAAGGAAGGCGGCCGAGGCGGCGAUUACAAACCAGGAAACAUCCAUAACCGCCACCGAGGUUUCCGUCGCUGAUUCGCGAACCGCCACUGGGAAUACUUCGCCAAGCAAGAGGACUACUCGCAGAAAGGAUAAGCUCGAGGACCUGGAUUCUGAGACAGAUUUGAUAUCGGUGACGUCGGAAAGCGUUCCUGUUCAACACAAGCAAAGGGCAACCGAUCUCGUUACGCCUGCUUCCACCAGCAUGGAGUCAGACGAUGAUUUUAUGACGGAUGCGUCCAGUGCCGAUGACUUCUUGGAUACACAGGGAAGUGAUGACGAGAGUCUAGGAGAAGGUGUGUUGCAGCAAUCUUCUGUUUCGUACUUUGCUGACGCGAUGUUUCUUCGGUUGCUAGAGUUCGGUGACGAGUUCGACGGCGGAUUCUCUCAAGAUAAGGAUCUACUAGGGAACACAAAGAAGCCAUACGAAGUCGACUUCAGAGUCCUGAGCCCAGAGGAUAUCAAUCGGGAGCAGAGUCAGCAGGUCAACGAGGUCUCGCAGAUUUUGGGCCUGCCACCAGAGUCGUCCGCUAUCCUACUACGGUUUGGGAGAUGGAACCGGGAGAAGCUCAUAGAGUCUUACAUGGAUCAUCCGGAGGAGACGCUCGAGGAAGCUGGUCUUGGGACGAACUUUGAUGGGACACCGAAGACAGAGGUUGUACCAGGGUUCACAUGUGACAUUUGCUGUGAGGAUGGCGACGAUUUGGAGACAUAUGCUAUGCGCUGCGGACAUCGCUUCUGUGUCGGCUGCUACCGACAUUAUCUGGCGCAGAAAAUCCGCGAAGAGGGCGAAGCUGCCAGGAUAGAAUGUCCCGGGGAUGGCUGCCAUAUGAUUGUAGAUUCAAAGACUUUAAGUCUUCUUGUCACCGAUGAUCUCAAAGAGAGAUACCAAACGCUGUUGAUGCGGACCUAUGUUGAUGACAAGGAGAAUCUUAAGUGGUGCCCGGCGCCAAACUGUGAGUACGCAGUCGACUGUCCCGUCAAGCAGCGCGACCUCAAUCGGAUUGUGCCCACAGUGCAAUGUGCCUGUAAGCAUUUCUUUUGCUUCGGCUGCACGCUGAACGAUCAUUUACCGUCUCCCUGCACGUUGGUCAAGAUGUGGCUCCAGAAGUGUGAAGACGACUCAGAGACCGCCAACUGGAUCUCGGCCAACACGAAGGAGUGUCCUAAGUGCCAUUCGACGAUUGAGAAGAACGGAGGAUGCAACCAUAUGACGUGCCGCAAAUGCAAACACGAGUUCUGCUGGAUGUGCAUGGGCCUGUGGUCUGAACACGGCACCAGCUGGUACAACUGUAAUCGCUACGAAGAGAAAUCAGGAUCGGAAGCUCGCUCGGCGCAGGCGAAAUCUCGAGCAUCUCUCGAAAGAUACUUGCAUUACUACAACAGAUACGCUAACCACGAGCAGUCUGCGAAGCUCGAUAAAGAUCUCUACCUCAAGACAGAAAAGAAGAUGACAAGCCUACAAUCUCAAUCCGGCCUGUCAUGGAUUGAGGUCCAGUUCCUCGAUACUGCAUCUCAGGCACUUCAGCAGUGCCGACAGACUUUGAAGUGGACUUAUGCCUUUGCAUAUUAUCUUGCUCGAAACAACCUGACGGAAAUCUUCGAGGACAACCAGAAAGAUUUAGAGCUCGCGGUGGAGAGUCUUAGCGAAAUGUUCGAGAAGCCCGUGCCGGAAUUGGCCAAUCUGAAAGUUGAUAUCCUGGACAAGACGGCAUAUUGCAACAAACGCCGAGUGAUCCUUCUUAGUGACACUGCCCAGAAAUUGAAACAAGGGGUUUGGUCAUUCAAUGUUGAAUGCUACGAAGCCCUUCCCUCCAACUAUGGCCUCGGCCGGAACAUGUUGGCUGGUGCCUUUGCGGGGAUAAUGGAACACGCUGUCAUGUACCCGGUAGACUUAUUGAAGACGCGCAUGCAAGUUUUACAUCCUACAACCGGAGGUCUCUACACAGGCCUGACUAAUGCGGUCUCAACAAUUUAUCGGAUCGAGGGUUGGCGGACGUUAUGGAAGGGAGUCUCGAGUGUGAUUGUCGGUGCUGGCCCGGCGCAUGCCGUGUACUUUGGUACUUAUGAGAUUGUCAAGGAAAUGGCCGGUGGAAAUGUCGACGAGGGCCACCACCCGCUUGCUGCCGCCGCUAGUGGAGCGGCCGCCACCAUUGCCAGCGACGCUUUGAUGAAUCCAUUUGACGUCAUCAAGCAACGGAUGCAAGUACAUGGCUCUGUACACAAGAGUCUUUUACAAUGCGCCAGGUCCGUUUACCGCACUGAGGGUCUGCAUGCAUUCUACGUCUCAUACCCCACUACACUCUGCAUGACGGUGCCUUUCACGGCUACUCAAUUCGUGGCGUACGAGUCGAUCUCCAAAGUGAUGAACCCGUCCCAGGAUUAUGACCCCUUCACCCACUGCAUCGCUGGUGGACUCGCUGGUGCCUUCGCUGCAGGUCUUACUACUCCUUUGGACGUUGUGAAGACGCUUCUUCAGACACGUGGGUUGGCGCAGAACGAGGAGAUUCGAUCGGCAAAGGGCCUUUUCAAUGCGGCGGCCAUCAUCAAGCGCCAGUUUGGCUGGAAAGGCUUCCUACGUGGCGCUCGUCCCCGCAUUAUUUCCACAAUGCCCAGUACCGCGAUUUGCUGGACAUCGUACGAGAUGGCCAAGGCGUACUUUAAACGCCAGGAGUGA